AUGGUCCGCAUCAUCCCUGGACGACUCAAGUCCAGCUCCUCCCUCCGUAACAGCCGCAGCAGCAGUCCUACGAGAAACAACAGCACCGGCAGCACCAACAGCAAGAUGGAGUUGAGUCCAAAGGAGAAUGGCUUGACCUUGAAGGUCGUCGUUAUGAAGGCUCGAAAUCUUGCCGCAAAAGACAGACGCGGCACGUCCGACCCAUACCUGGUUUUGACCCUCGGUGACGCCAAGGUGACCACCCACGAGGUGCCCAAGACUCUCAAUCCAGAAUGGAACGUCAUCGAAGAACUACCGGUCAAUUCGACCCAGAGCCUCCUUCUCGAUGUUAUAUGUUGGGACAAGGACCGCUUCGGCAAGGACUACCUUGGCGAGUUCGACCUUGCUUUGGAGGAGAUCUUCGCCAAUGAGCAAAUCGAGCAAGCCCCGAAAUGGUACCCUCUCAAGAGCAAGAGACCCGGCAAGAAGACCAGCGUGGUCUCUGGCGAGGUCAUGCUUCAGUUCACCCUCUUCGACCAGUCUAACACAGCCGCCUCCCACGAACAAAUAUUCGAGAAGCUCAAUACCUUGCUCAAUCAGUUGCCUGCGGGCUCCCGACAGAUCACACCGACCAUGACCCCCCUCAUCCAGCCCGUCCAGAAUAUAAGGGUCAGCGGAACCAACCCGUCACCUCCAUUGUCGCGCAAUCAAACCGAUGCCUAUCAAGAAGAUGACGACGACGAUGAUCUCGAUAUCGAAGAUGAUACCCCCGAAGACGAUGAUCCCAGCAAGCCCGAAGUCGCCGAGAAACGCAAGCGCCGCCUGAGGAUUAAGGGCCUCAAGAAGAAGAGAAGAGAUCAAACAUACGAGUUCAAUAAUAGUGGAAGCGACGUUGUGGGAGUCAUCUAUCUUGAAGUCCUGAACAUUACGGACCUGCCUCCCGAGCCCAACUCAACCCGGACCACAUUUGACAUGGAUCCUUUCGUCGUUGCGUCACUCGGCAAGAAGACGUACCGGACCAAGCGAGUGCGGCACAACCUCAACCCGGUCUUCAAUGAAAAGAUGAUUUUCCAAGUACAGGGCCACGAGCAGACAUACUCGUUCUCCUUUACCGUGAUGGACCAUGACAAGUACUCAGGAAACGAUUUCAUCGCCGACUGCUCAUUGUCUAUCAGGGACCUCAUCGACAAGGCCCCCAAGGCAGAUCCCGAAACUGGUCUGUACGACGUACCCGAGCCCCAUGAGUAUGUCGCCCCUCAGCAGCGCCGCUUCAAGAAGCUGGGAAUGUCCCGUACGUCAUCUUCCCAAAGCUUGAGCAAGGUGCGACCUGGGUUGUCGAAGAAUGCAAGCAGUGCAUCCACAACAACCCAGACCGGAACGACUACCCCUACGCCUCCUGCCCAGGGCUCGACGCUGAACCCAGAGUUUCUGUCUCCCGAGCAAGCUCUUGCAGGCGCCGGUGCGCAGACUGCCGAACUUGAAGCAGACGAUGCGGAAUUCCACGACUUCAGCGUCGCCCUGAAGAUGAAGGAUGCCAAGAAAUGGGAGGCCAAGCACAACCCGGUCCUCUACAUCCGCGCCAAAUACGUCCCUUACCCGGCUUUGCGACAGCAAUUCUGGAGAUCGAUGCUCAAGCAGUAUGACACCGACGAGAGCGGCCGCAUCAGCAAGAUUGAGCUGACUACGAUGCUCGACACUCUCGGAUCGACAUUGCGCGAGUCGACCAUCGACAGCUUCUUCCAGCGAUUCCCCCACAGAGCCCAAGGCGAUGACAUUUCGGACCUGACAUUCGACGAAGCUGUGAUAUGCUUGGAAGAUCAGUUGGAAGCUAAGAGCCGCCCACAGCUCAGCGUCACAGACAGAAUGAAGGGCAUGCUGCCGGAUGCUGAUAAGGUCAAGAAUUUGCUUUCUACUCAAGGCACCAGCAACGUCCCCAGUGGUCCACCAGCAGAAGGAUCUAGCUCGUCCGAAGGAACUCUCGACGUUCCAGAGCUCAGCACUCCUGGCGAGGAAGGCGAACUGCUCGACAGGGACGACCUGGCCGAGGAUCGUGCCGGCGAGGAGCAUGUGGUCGAAAUCAGAGAAUGCCCCAUCUGCCACCAGCCGCGCUUGAACAAGCGCAAGGAUACUGACAUCAUCACUCACAUUGCAACAUGCGCAAGCCAGGACUGGAGACAAGUCAACAACCUUGUCAUGGGCGGCUUUGUCACUGCUAGCCAGGCCCAGCGCAAGUGGUACUCCAAGGUCAUCACAAAGAUCUCAUACGGUGGUUACAAGCUGGGAGCCAACUCUGCAAAUAUCCUUGUCCAAGAUCGCAUCACUGGCCAAAUUAACGAGGAGAAAAUGAGCGUCUACGUUAGACUGGGCAUUCGCCUGUUGUACAAGGGAUUGAAGUCAAGCAAUAUGGAGACCAAGCGAAUCCGCAAGAUGCUGAAGAGCAUGAGUGUCAAGCAGGGCAAGAAAUUUGAUGACCCGGCUUCGAAGGCCGAGAUUCCUAAGUUCAUCGAAUUCCACCGCCUUGACAUGUCUGAGGUGCUGCUUCCGACGGAAGAGUUCAAAAACUUCAAUGAGUUUUUCUACAGAGCUCUGAAACCCGAAGCUCGCCCAUGCUCCGCUCCUGAUCGUCCUGACGUUGUCGUCUCUCCCGCGGAUUGUCGCAGCGUUGUCUUCAACAGUGUGAACCAGGCGACCCAGGUUUGGAUCAAGGGCCGCGAGUUCUCCAUCAAGCGCUUGCUUGGUGAUGCUUAUCCCGAAGAUGUGAAGCGGUUUGAGAAUGGUGCUCUUGGUAUCUUCCGUUUGGCGCCCCAGGACUACCAUCGUUUCCACAUCCCUGUUGACGGUGUUUUGGGCAAGCCGAAGACGAUUGCGGGAGAGUACUAUACGGUGAACCCCAUGGCCAUCCGCUCCGCUCUCGAUGUCUACGGCGAGAACGUCCGAGUCCUCUGCCCCAUCGAUAGCCCAACCCACGGCCGCGUCAUGGUCAUCUGUGUUGGUGCCAUGAUGGUUGGCAGUACCGUGAUUACCCAAAAAGAGGGUGCGCAAGUCAAUCGUGCCGACGAACUUGGCUACUUCAAAUUUGGUGGCAGCACUAUCGUAUUGCUAUUCGAGCCGGGCAAGAUGAAGUUCGACGACGACCUGACUGACAACUCCAACGGAGCUCUCGAGACUUUGGUUCGCGUAGGUAUGUCUGUCGGACACGCUCCUGACCAGCCUCAGUGGGGUCCCGACAUGCGGAAGGACGCAAAGGACGUCACCGAUGCCGAGAAGAAGGACGCCAAACGCCGUAUUGGAGGCAGUCUCGGAAGUGAAGAGUCAUCCAGCGGUGAAGAGACUCCGAAUGCAAGCGCUGGCAUCACCACGCACGCUGCGUCAGCCAUGUAG